GACGUAUCUCAUUAUCUUUUUCUUAUUUUAGUUCCACUCUCAUUCUUCUCUUGGUUCACACUAAUAUCCAAGUAAUAGAGAACAGUUCCACUGCCAACCCCACUGUAUAUUACCCACUUUGAUCAAAUUCUUUUUGUUUUUCAAGUUCAUUUGCCACUCUUCUCUCCUUUGGCUUCCAAAAAUAGCAAACAGAACCACUUCUUGGUGGUCUUUACUUUGGUUUCUUAGGAUCACUCUGCUUUGUUUGUUUACUUCAUCUGUUAAGCUUCUUUCCCCUGUUUUCUGAUAGUCUUUUCAGUUUUUUGCUACUAUUUUUCUUUCUACUCAUUGGGAGGGUCUAGGUGGGGUUAUGCCUGAGUAGUAAAAUCAGUUGCUUUUUGCUAUUUAUUUCAAAGAUUCUUUAGCUCUGGGUAUUCCAAUUCCCAGUAUAUGAUUCUGAAUUUAAAGCCUAUCAUAUAUAAAAAAAAUUCUUAUCUUUUUUUUCUAUUCACACAACACAUUAAUUGUCUUUAACGAAUGGAAAUAAGUAUAGUCCAUUCUAAGUCUUCAUAAGCAAAUUCAGGAUAUUGAAAUUGUCAAAAAGAAAAUGGAAACUUUGUCGCCUACUUCGCUUAUACCAAAUUCAAGCUGGAUGAUGAUGGAACAGAGGAAAAGCAGUGAAUGGACACAAGAAGAGAACAAGAAGUUUGAAAGUGCACUUGCGAUAUACGAUGAGACAACUCCGAAUAGAUGGUUUAAGGUUGCGGAUUUGAUACCUGGGAAGACAGUGUAUGAUGUGAUGAAACAGUACAAAGAAUUAGCAGCAGAUGUUAGUGACAUAGAAGCUGGAUUAUUCCCAGUUCCUCGUACGUAUUUUGCCUCGUCUUUUAUGCUUGAUUUGGUCGAUGAUCAUCAUUAUCAUCAUCAUCGCGGUGUUCAAGCGUUUAGAAAGAGAGGCAGAUCUUCUGAUCAAGAAAGAAAAAAAGGUGUCCCAUGGACUGAGGAAGAACACAGGCGGUUUCUGAUGGGACUCGACAAGCAUGGGAAAGGGGACUGGAGGAACAUAUCAAGGAAUUUUGUGAUCUCAAAAACGCCAACGCAAGUGGCGAGUCAUGCUCAAAAAUACUAUUUGAGACAGCUUUCAGGAGGAAAAGAUAAGAGGAGACCUAGCAUUCAUGACAUUACUACUGUCAAUCUCACCAACAUCGACUUGUCCGACAACAAUCUAAACAACAACAACAACAAUAAUAAAUCUCUAUCUUCUUUCGCGGUCAACAUCCCAUUUCAGAACUCAAAUGAUGGAGCCUUGAUGGCGUUUGGAUCGUCUUAUAACAGCAGCUCGUACACCUAUGAGCUUGGUUCAGUACUGUCUCGGGGUAGAUAUGGAACUGACAAUAUUAGUGCUAAUGACAAUUCUCAAAUACAGCGAUAUCAGAUAUGGGGUUGAACAGUUCAAGAAUGUCCACCUUGGAUUUUGGUUUUGUGAUUUUAAUGUGGUGUAAAUCUUGAGUAGUUAUUACUUGGCAAUUAGGCCUACUCUCUUUGUGCUGCUUUCAGACUUUACCAAUGAAAUCGACUGAAGUUUGUCAAUUUGCCUCCUUUUUCUUGAAUGCAUACAUUGAUUCAUUUCC